UCGCGGACGUCGCUCGACAACCACGUGCCUAUCUAUAUGUCAAUCGUAACAGGUCGAAUACAACAUCGACUCAAAGCCGUUCACUAAUUAAAAGUAAAACAGUUCUAAUUUCGAAAAUUUAAUGUUUAUUAUUCAGUAACUGGCAUUCGAAUUCGAAUUUCGAUUUUAAAAAACAAACAAUUUUUGUUUUUUUUUUAGAGAAUAGUUAAAUCAAUUUAAAUUGAAAUUUUAAAAAGUGAACAAUUUUAAAAUUCGAAUAUUACUAAUAGUGAAGUGCUGACAAUUUUUUUUUCUUCUAAUCCUUAACCUGAAAUGACCCCAGUUGGACUUCUUUUUAAAGUGAACAGUGAAGGCGUGUUCACGUGUCCGAUGAACGCACCGCCCGUUGAUUUCGCCAAGAUAUAUCCAGAUCCUGAAUCUGAGAAAGCAUCCGUGGUGUACUGCAUCCACCAUAAAGAUGGGUGUACAUGGUCGGAUGAAUUACGCAAAUUGGGGGCGCACCUCAACACAUGUAAGCACGAUGCUGUCCAGUGCUCGGCGCAGUGCGGAGCGAUGAUACCCCGUGUACUGAUGCAGGAUCAUCUCCGGUACACUUGUCCCCGCCGCCGAGCUAACUGCGAGCAUUGUCACAAGGAGUUCUCCGAGAGUGCGCUCGAGGAGCAUCAAGGCAACUGUGGGUAUGAGCCUAUAUACUGUGAAAACAAGUGUGGAGCCAAAGUGCAACGCAGACAUACCCAACAACACAUACAACAGCACUGCAGUAAACGGCUCGUGCCUUGCAGACACUGCGGUCAGAGAUACACACAGGACACGGUGUCGGCGCACGGCGCGGUGUGCGCGCGCGCGCCGGUGCCGUGCCCGCAGCGCUGCGCGGCGGCGUGCGUGCCGCGCGACGCGCUCGACGCGCACCUGCGCGACCACUGCGCCGCCGCCGGCGCUCCGUGCGCCUUCCGCGACGCCGGCUGCCGCUUCAAGGGUACAAGACAAGCUUUAGAAAGGCACACAGAGGAAAAUUGCCAGCAGCACCUAGCUCUAGUCUCAACGUUGGCUUCCCGCCAAGCCCGCCAGUUGGAGUCCCUCAGAGCAGCCGUGGCUCGUCUAUCAGUCAAUUGCUCAGGUGUACUCGUCUGGAGGAUUACUGAGUGGGCAUCUAAAAUGGCGGAGGCCAAAUGCAAAGAUGGCGUUGAACUGGUGUCCCCUAUUUUUUAUACCAGCCAGUACGGAUAUAAAUUACAGGCUUCACUAUUCCUAAAUGGAAAUGGAGCGGGCGAGGCCACACACAUGUCGGUGUACAUCAAGAUCCUUCCAGGCGAAUACGAUGCGAUCCUUCGCUGGCCUUUCGCUCACUCCGUCGCCUUCACACUCUUCGAUCAGAGCUCCAACCCUGAUAGAGCGUGCAAUAUCGUCGAAAGCUUCGUUCCAGACCCCACGUGGAAAAACUUCCAAAGACCGUCGAAAGAACCGGACACUUUAGGCUUCGGUUUCCCAAGGUUUGUCUCCCACGAAAUGCUCAAAAAGAGGAACUUUGUCAAAGACGAUGUCAUGUUCUUAAGGGUCAAAGUAGAUCCGAGCAAAAUAGUUGCUGUUUAGGUCUCUGAUAGUAUACCAAUGAAAAUACGCUUAAGUCUACAGACAAUGAGUUUAAUAGAUCACCCCAAAUGUCUUUUAGGAACACAAGUUUUUUGCAUGAUUCUUUUAAAAUAAUAUUUUAGCAGACUAUUGAGUGGGUUAAUUUGCCACAUCCUCGGUCACUAAUGCGACUUUCUCCAAGAUCCAAGCGCGCAUGUUACAACUUCUCGCGUAAUAAAAACAUCCUAACCAGUUUAUCAAUGGGGAAAUAUAUCAGCAACUACUUGACGUUCCAAAGGGAAAUAGCUCUCCAUAAAAGCAAGAUUCUAGCAUAUUAUAGCCACUACUGGGCUUAGAAAAUAGUUUGUAAAUAUUGCAUUUUGACCCUAUGCGACCUAGAUAUUGGUUACACUGGAGAAAAGCUGGGGAAUUGGCUUUUUUUUUUUAAAUUUCUUCAUUUAUUAGAAUUGAUUUAAGAGUAAUUGAAAUUGGAAUAUUGUUCCAACUUCCAGCGCCCACAAUAACUUUGGGUCAUCUCUUGGACUCAUGGUCUGUGGUUAAGCAUUUAUAUUUCUGUAUUUGAGUAGCGCACAAUUGUGCAAGUCAUUUGUUAUUUAGUAUUAGAUAAUUUAAAAGUCAUAAUUUUAAGAUGUACAGAACUGGAUAAUCAUUUGUAAAAAUUUGUAAAUAUCUAGUUUUAGAGGCAUUACAUGCAUUGUUAUCCUUUCACCGAAGAUCUCUUGUGUUCAUUGCCGUAGAAAGAACGUAACAAACUGGGCAUCGUCUCAAAGGAACCGAGUCACUUCAGUGGAUUACUCAUCUUUGACUGUCCCGUGCCAUAUUUUAGUUAUUAACCAGUAUAACAGAGGUACACACAUUUUUAUAGGGUACUGCAAAAAUUGUGUGUAAAAGGUCACAUGUUCAAUGCGUUUUUGGCUGCCUCGUGGGAAUUAUAUCGAAGGCUUUUUGAAAAAUGCUAUGAACGCGCAUUAUUAAGUAUAUAUACACUUCUUUGUGAUAAACGGACACUUUUGCAGUAAAACCAAAAAAAAUGUUGCCUACCAUUUUAUUUUUUUUAUUUAACAGUUGCAAAUAUUCGUGGCUGACAUUAGCCAUUUCUCUGUACAGAUGGGUAAUAUCUGAUAUAUAGAUAUCAGAUAUUCAAUGUAUAGAUAUUGAGUUCUUCUGGACUUUGAUGACCACCUAUUGGUAUAUCGCCGAUAACAGUCUGAUAUCUAUAUUCAUUACGAGCGGGUUCUUCUGUUUGAUAUUAUAUAUUGGAUAAUUGUUGUCUAAUAUAUCUGUUAUUGGGCCAAUAUAUGUAUAGAUAUUGUAACAACAAUCUAUAGAUAUUUCUAUAUAUUCUUUGCGUUCCGUUUUUCUUUUUUUUUUUAACAAUACUUUCUGCGCUAGUAGAGCUGUUAAAGGUUGAUCGAUAUGCUUAUGGAGUAUCAGAAGAUUUUGGAAUCAAAAACAAUCAAAAACAUAGUCAUCAUCAUCUCGGCCGUUAUUUGUCCAUGGCUUAAACCCUCCCCCUAUAAGGGGUGUUUUCUCAAUAGUUGUCAUACUUGACGGGCGAAUUGGCAACCGCAGUUAGGCUUUUGGUGACGUUUGAAAGGGCCUCCGCUGCCAAUUCCUCGACUAUUAAGUUAAAACGUAGUAAGGUACCUAAAUGUAUUGCGUAAAACUUAUACUCAAUUCUAGAGAAAUAAAUGCGAGUGUCCGUUCUUGCAAAGGUUUAUUUAUUUAUUUAUUUUUUUUUUGACUAAAACAAUUUAAAUUAAGUAUAUUUUUAUCUUUGAGACAUGUUUGGCAUUGUUAUAUCGGCAGAUCUUUGUAUAUAUUAUAUUGUUUUACAAAAUAAUUUAUAAAUGAAAAAUGAGUUAACAGAAAUAUUGUUGUUACUGUAAAUAGACGGUCUGUCCAUAAACACUGUAGAUAUUAAAAAAAAAAAAAUUAAAAUAGUUUUCUUUUCAUGUGUGUAAGCUGGAGUUGACCAAAGUGUUUGAUAGCUUUGCUUAUGGUGAAAAAAAAAAAAGUGUAUAUUCUUUGAGCAAAGCGAAUCACCAUAAUUGUAACACGGCUAAAGCUGUAGGAUUAUGUUGUUAGAUUUAUAUAUAUAUAUAUAUAUAUAUACAUAUUUAUCUUCAAUUUGGUCUCGUGUGUUUGUUCUUAUUUUGUAAGUAAUUAACCGAAUCCUGACUUACUAAGAUAAUAAUUAUAUUUUUUUAAUAACAUUAAAAUUUAAAUACUAGUUCCAGCAUAGACUAGCACAGUGAUUCUCAACCACUGUGCCGCGGCACUUUUGUGUGCCGCCAAAUUUUAAAAGUGUGCCGCCAAAUUUUAAAAGUGUGCCGCCAAAUUUUAAAAGUAUGCCGCCAAAUUUUAAAAGUGUGCCGCCAAAUUUUAAAAGUGUGCCGCCAAAUUUUAAAAGUGUGCCGCCAAAUUUUGCAAAUAUUUAAAAUUUUUGUCAUAAACUAUUUAUGCAGUGAAUAAUUUUUAUCUUUUCCUUUGUGUGCCGCCAAAUUUUGAAAUCGUUAAAUAUGUGCCGCAACAAAAAAAAAAGGUUGAGGAUCACUGGACUAGCAUUUAUAUUUUUGAACGGAUCUUUAUAUUUUAGUAUAUAAUACUUUGGUAAAAUCAUUAAAUAAUUUACUAUAAGAACUCUGAACUAUAACUUGGUUAAUUAUUUUUAAUAUCAAAUCUCAAAAGAAAUAUUACAUUCCAAAAUACUAUUAUAUAAGUCUGGCUUCUGCGUUGAUAGUGAACAUAAGGGCGGCAAUCACUCGUGACUAAGGAUCGCGAAUUGAUUCCAAAACUAGUCGAGUUUUUUCGAUCUUGUUACAUGUGAGUUAAACCGGCAGUGAUUACAUUGAAAUACGUUUGCUUACGAAACUUUUAACAAUAAUAUUAAGAAGGUUAAAAACAAAGGAUCAAACUAUCUAAUUAUUAAUUUAAGAUUAAUUAGUAAAAAUCAAUAAGUAAUCAAUGAGAAAGAUUUUUUGUAUAAUUCUAAAAUAAUUCAAUGAUUGAUAAAAUAAUUGUUUCAGCUACUGUUUUGUCCUUUUCCUUUGUACUAAUUUCUCAAUUUUAAGGAUAGUGACAAAAUACAGUUAAAAUAUUGUACGUUUGUAUAACGUCUUAAGUUUUUAUCAAUAAGGGGGUAUAGCUUUUUGUUUUUGAUUUUGGAACUUAUAAAUGGUUACUAUCAGCUAAUUUUCCUUCUCAAUAUAAGGUAUAUAUUUGUUACUGAUUUAAAAAGUUAUAUUAUACAAAAAAACCGGUUAUAUCCGGUUACAGCCGGGUUAUAUCCGAUCAUAACGAUCUUGCCUAACGCCGCUUUUAUGUUAACUAAAUACAAUAUUUAGUUUAUUUGUAGGUAAUAAGACGAUAUCAGGAUCUAAGUUCUAGGGACCCUAUUAUAUUAUAAUAAAAGACUAACUGACAUAGUUAAGCUAGAUUUAACGUAAAUUUAGACGGUCUCUAUGUUAGAUUUAUAUUGGUCAUAGUUUCUAAGGUCAAAAUACACAUUUUCCUAUAUAAA